CUUCUAUGUUUCCCAAACUACAAACUGUUUCCUGUGCUUUAUGGGUAGCUACAGUAACCAUUGCAGCCACAGCGAACACAAGUACACCCAGUAGAUUACUCAUAAAAGUUAACGCACAUUACUGUAAAGCUGCGUAAUCUGCAAUUAGUUUGCUCCCAAUCGAAGCAGCAGCACGCUGCCUUGCGUUCCUAUUUCUUAGUCGUCGCGGAGAUGUCGCUCUCUCGAGCGUAAGAAGCAUGAGCGACAGAAGCUUCUCCUCCCUCCGCGACAGCGCUAUUGCCAGGGCGGAGGCUGGCGACUUCCCCUCCGCCGUACGCCUCUUCCGUCGGGCCCUCCUCCAGGCGGCCCAGCAGGCGACCGCGGCACACCCAGCAGAUGGGCCCGACACGGCAGCGAGCAGCAACCCAGAUGCAGCGUCCAGACCCGCAGCUGCCACCUCCUCCUUCCCCUCCUCCCCCUCCCCCAGCCCCUCAUCAGCAGUACGGCAGCAGCAGGUGGCUGCCGUACAUGACAUGUUGGCGCAGUGCCUCAUGGAGCUGGGGGCGGAGGCGGAGUGGGAGGGGGAGGGCGGCGGGGCGGAAGUGGAGGCAUGUGUCGAGGGCGGCGAGGGGAGCUUGUGGCAAGAUGCGCUGAUGCACGCGGGGGAGGCCGUCUCCCUGAGGCCGCAGUGGGUCCCGGGGCUGCUGACGUACGGCCGCUGCCUGCGCAACUGCGGCCUGCUGGACGAGGCGUUGCGGGCGCUGAGGGCGGCGGAGCAGCUCCUAGAGGCACAGCGGUCCGGCGGCAGCAGCAGCCGCAGCAGCAGCAGGAGCGGUGCUGGCGCCCUAGCCUGCGGGCCCUGCAGCUGCCGCCGCGCCGCACCCGCCGGGCAGCCUAGCCCCGACGAGGCAGGGGGCUCCAGCGGGCAGCCGCCGCAGCGCCCUGCCGUGCAAGCAACCCCUCCGGACUUCGAACGCAACCAUGGACAGGAGGAGGAGGAGGAGGAGUACGGCAGUCCGGAUGCGGCGGAGCUGGUUGCUGACGUGGCCCGGGAGCUGGAGGAGGUGUCGGAGCUGUGGCAGCAGCAGCUGGCGCGUGACGUGGGGCUGCCUGGGCUGCGGAUCAGGCAGGACGCAGGCCAUGCCGGCGGAGGCCCCGGGCGGCGGGUGUGGGAGUGCGGCAUCCAGCUGGCAGCACACCUGGUGCGGUGGAGUGCAGCAGAGCGUGCAGCGGGGCAGGUGGGCGCGAGCGGCGCAAGUGGGGAGUCCGAGUGCGGCAGCCGUGACUCCGUCGGCAGAGGAGGCGGCAGCGCUGGCGGGUGCACCCUGGGCGGCGGCGGGG